GAAAGCUGAUAGCCGAAAGGAUGGCGACUAAGAAACGUAAACUGCCUGAAGAGCUAACUGAGGAUUUAUUAUGUCCUGUCUGCCAGAACUUGUUUGAAGACCCUGUAGUGUUGCAAUGUGGGGACUCCUUCUGCAAAUCAUGUAUAAAUAAAGUCUGGGACAGUGAGAAACCUCCCUUCUGUCCAGAUAAAGACUGCAGAAAGACAUUCUCAGACAGGAACUAUAUAACAAACAAGUCAGUGAGUAAGAUGAUGGAAAAAGUACAAAAAGCUCAUCCACGUGAAAGAACAGCUGGAACAAAACUAUGCAUGGAACACGUAGAGGCACUGAAAUUGUUCUGUCAUGAAGAUAGAAAACUCAUAUGUCACAUCUGUAGGGUGCUGUCUAAACAUGCGAAUCACACAUUGCUAUCCCCGAAGGAAGCUGUCAGCAUGUUUCGGGAAAUGAUGGAAACUGAACUCCCAUCAAAAAUCAAACAUUUCAAUCAAUUUCAAAGUAAACAGAAGCAGAAGAUGUCCACUAUCCAGAAUGAAGCCAAAAGUUUGGAGCAGCACAUUAAAUCGGAGUUUGCCAAGAUGCACCAGUUUCUUCAUGAGAAGGAGCUCCAGAUGAUGCAACAGCUUAAGGAGGAGUUAGGAAAAAUUCUGGGAAAGAUGAUGGAAAAGAUAAGAAAAUUUGAGGAGAUGAAGAAUGAAGUUCAGAGUCAGAUAUCUGAGAUCCAGGCAAAAAUGAAGCAGGAAGACCCCUUGCUUUGUCUGACAGAAAUCUUGGAGGAGUGUAAAUGGAUUUUAAAAACAAAGGACGAAGAAAAUGCAUCUAACACUGCUCUGGUUUCUGAUAAUCUGACUCUUGGGGUAUAUAAAAGCCCUCUACAGUGCAGAGUUUGGAAGGAAAUGUUAUCUGUUGCUGGCCUGUGCUUGUCUCACUUGACCCUGGACCCUAAAACAUCACAUCCCAAUCUCAUUCUCUCUGACAACCUGACCAGUGUGAGGUACUCUGAUGUUAAAAAACAGCUCUCUGACAAUCCUGAAAGAUACAAUUCACGUCUCUGUGUGGUGGCAUCACAGGGCUUUAUAUCAGGAAGACAUUACUGGGAAGUGGAAGUGGGGUGCAAAAGUGACUGGAAUGUGGGGGUCACCAGACAGUCCAGCAAAAGGAAGGGCCAAUUUGACAUGAACCCAAAGUGUGGCUACUGGGCUAUAGUCUUGAGGCCUGGAAAUGGGUACUGGGCUCAAGAUUUGCCACACAAGAACCUCAACCUUUCCGUGCAGCCCAAGAAGGUUGGAGUGUACCUGGAUUAUGAGGGGGCUCAGGUGUCAUUUUAUAAUGCUGAUGACAUGUCUCACCUCUACACCUUCACUAACACCUUCACUGAGACACUGUACGCUUUCUUCAGCCCUUGCAAUAGCAGUGGUGGAAAUCUAGAACCACUAAAGGUGCUUCAUUUAUAGCUGUAAUUCAGACUGCUUCACAUCUAGGCCUACUGACAUAGAACUUGUUCAUGUAUCCCUCUGAAAAACAAUAUAUUUUUCAACUCUGUACUUUAUGUGAAAGGGCGUUAGUAAUGAACACUGGAUCCAAGCAGUGAUUUUUCUCUACCAGUUAAAAAUACAGCAGUGAGUAAGUGACAUAAUUCCAGUCUGGCAAUUGCCUGUUCAGUAUCUGUUAUCAUGUGGUACAACAGGCACUUUAUUCAAUGUUUAAAUACUUUCAUGUGUAUUGGUAUUAAAUAGUCAUAUUAAUAAAGUGAAUUAAUAGCAAAAAACUAUUUUUCCCUUUUAAAAUGCAACUUUGCAGUGUCCACAGAGCAGGUUCUUAGGUCUAGUACUUUUUUACAACCACCACUGCUUACAUAUCCUAAUAGCCAGUAAACACAAAAAUGGGGAAACUGGGUAUAUUAAGGGAAAUGGAAGCAAGGGAUAUCACUAGAAAAUGAAUUCAUUGGUGUGACAAAAGGCAUAUUAGGAUUGUGAGUAUAAAUUUAUAAACCUACGAUUCUGUGUGAUGGGAUGGGGUUUAAGACAAUUGGUAAAAUAUUGAACUCAUUCCCUCCAAUGGAUCCCUUUUCAGUUUAUACUCUAACUUCAAAUGGGCGUGGCCUGAGCCUUUUAACAAAUGAACUGAUUGCCUCACUGUACAAACAAAUGUUCAUAACUUUACAACUGUAAAUUGUAAAUUUUUCAGCACAAAGUAAUCUUUACGGUGGUUGUAUUAAUUCAGUUCUAGGUCUUAAACUAUAUUUUAUCAGCCACAAUAAACACAGUAAAUAUUACAUUUUGUAAUGCUGUAUAAUCAGCUUGGGAUAUUUCAGUAACCAUUUUAGCAACACAUGUACUGGCAGCAGCUUUUUCUACAUACGUCUGUGAGCUUUCAUAUGAAGCUGUG